AUGUCUAUUAUGUCCUAUAAUGGAGGGGCCGUCAUGGCCAUGAAAGGGAAGAAUUGUGUGGUCAUCGCUGCCGACAGGCGCUUCGGAAUCCAGGCCCAGAUGGUGACCACAGACUUCCAGAAGAUCUUUCCCAUGGGAGACCAUCUGUACAUCGGCCUGGCGGGGCUCGCCACUGACGUCCAGACCGUUGCCCAGCGCCUCAAAUUCCGGCUGAACCUGUAUGAACUGAAGGAAGGUCGGCAGAUCAAGCCUCACACUCUCAUGAGCAUGGUGGCCAACCUCUUGUAUGAGAAGCGGUUCGGUCCCUACUACACUGAGCCUGUCAUUGCUGGAUUGGACCCGAAGACCUUUAAGCCAUUCAUUUGCUCUCUGGACCUCAUUGGCUGCCCCAUGGUGACUGAUGACUUUGUGGUCAGUGGCACAUGCACUGAACAAAUGCCUGUGGCCAUUACUCCAGUAUUGUCCAUGGCAUGUGCCUCACCAAUUAAAGAUCAUAAGAGAAGAGAACCAAUAAAUAGAAGAAAACUGACAUGGCAUAAAAAAAAGAAGAUAGAAGAAAAGGGGAAAAAGCUGAAACAGAGAGGUGGAGGUGAGAGAGACUGUGUCUCAUGA